CUAAGGCCUCGGGAGUCCCCGUGCCUAAAGAAAAUGGCGACUCAACCUCUGCCUCCUCAGAAGAACAAACACUGGAUGAGCUGGAUGAGUUCCCGAACACUGGGGAACCGCACCACUUCUCCUCAGAUGAGGACAACAAGUUGCCCUCCACUAAAGGAGACAUUAAAGCACCUCUCUGCAAUAUCCAAACGAUGUUCGUGGCAGACAUCGCUGCAGCGCGGGAG